GCGACUGAGAAUGUAAAGAACUCGGAAUUUUUGAAAGAUUUUCAAAAAGCCAUGUACUCUAAUUUUACAAAGGAUCAAUUUGAAGAGUUUUGGUCAAAAACAAUUAAAGAAAACGGACUUGAAGGAAAUCCUUGGGUUCAAAAAACGUACGAGAACAGGUCACUAUGGGCAACUGCAUAUCUACGUGAGAAGUUUUUUGCACGUAUAAGAACUACGUCUCAAUGUGAAGCCGUCAAUGCAAUCAUCAAGAGUUAUGUCAGGAAGAAAGGCUGCAUUUUUGAAUUUAUGCACAAUUUUGAUCAGGCUAUGAGAUGUUAUAGAAACAAUGAACUGAUUGCCGAUUUUAAAUCAAUGUUUUCAGAACCUGUGAUGACUACUCAACUGCGUGCCCUUGAGAGCCAUGCUGCGAAAGUUUAUACCACGGAGAUUUUCAAGGAAGUCAGAGAUGAAAUAGUGAAGGCUGGAUCAUUGAUUGUUAAGGAAAGGUUAUUUCACAACGGAUUUAAGACUUAUCGAUUUACAAAAUAUUGUUGUGAUAACUAUGACGUAGAGGUUGUGUAUGAUGGUGAAACACUUCAAUGCGAGUGUAGGUUAUGGGAUUCUCGUGGGAUUCCAUGUUCUCAUAUGUUUGGUGUCAUGAAGGAAGAACAUGUUAGUCUCAUUCCCACCGGUUUGAUUUUGUCGAGGUGGACGAAGGAUGCAAAAAUUCAAUACUUGAACAUGAAUUGUAAUGGUUCUGAUGAUCCUAAUAUGAUUGAGCUAGCUCGGUUUGGUGCAUAUUGUUCUGCAUUUACUGUUUUUUGCAGAGAAGCUUCAAAAAAGGAAGGUGUUUAUGGGGACAUAAUGGGUGAUAUUCUGAUGUUACAAAAAAAGUAUUGCAGUACGGACGAUCCUAUUUUGGCAUCGAACUCAGCCGUAGGUGAUCCAAAUAUUGUGAGUAGCAAAGGUGCUCCAAAGAAAAAAAAGAAUGACAUAAAAGCUAUUAGGCGAUGUUCUAAAUGCAAUAGUAGAACUCAUAAUGCAAGGAGUUGUUUGGUUGCGGAAAACGCGCCAUCUGAACAAAAUGUUGUUAUGACGUCGCGGCCAGUAACUGAUUCAUUCAGCCAAGUUGUGAAGAACAAGAAUGGAAAAAGAGGUCGCAUUGGGGGAAGUAGUGUGCAAAAUAAAUGUACGGAACCACCGAACUCUCGUGGCGCUAAUGUGACGGCGACUUCUCGCGCGGAAGUUGGAAGCACAAGCAUACCCAUGCCUGCAGUGUAUGGAUUGCACCCCGUGUUGCCAGUGGUACAACCGGUGCAGCAUCCAAUGCACUUACAACCGGUAAUCCCAUUAUAUCCAACGACAGUUGCAGAAAAUUCGGGUUCGUGUUUCGGUAGGCUACAACGACCGAUGAACAAUGGUGGUACUUGAACGAGCAAAGAAGUAGCUGUAAUUUGACCAGGCAUGGAUUUGGAGGUGAUUUUUAUUGGAUGGAUGAACAAUGGGCUGAGUAUUUAGGUAAUUACGUUUACGAUGAGGUUGAACAGAAUGUCGAUCUCAGUGACAUUGAAAGUGAUGAAGGUGAAGAAGAGAUGGAUGAAAAUUUUGGUGAUCCCAUGGUCGAAGAAAAUGGCAUUUCAUUCAAUUAUCGUGUCACUGCUGCUUGUGUAAGAGGAAAAAAUGUUUUCCACUUUCCAUCUAAUGUUGCUGACAACUGGUUAUUGCCGUUGCAAACUGAGAUAGACAUUGUCGAUGUUCAUACCGAUGCUGUUUACCCAUGUGUGUUGAAGACUGGUAGGAGGCCAGGGGAGAGAUAUCUUUGCUUAGGUUGGUAUGAGUAUGUUAAAGCAACUCGUCUGAGGGCUGGUGAUGUUCUUGAGUGCACUGUGGCAGAUCCUCCUACAAGAAUGUUUGUUCGUUUUAUGAUGUAAUACGAAUAAUUUUAGGCGUAUAAUUAAACUUGGUUGAAGAUGGAAAGUAAUUUUCUUUGAUGUUUUGUUAAGUAGUUGGUAUGUAGUUUGUUUUGAUGUUGUCUGUUUUGGUGUUGGAAUGAAUCAAAUGUCGAGUUUCA